AUGAUCGCCAGCCGCUCCGGGUCAAGGAUUCUGCCCCGGCCGCCCUCCCUGCCCCCCCAGGCGCCCGAACUCAUCAGGAGCGCGGCGCCAGGGCGCUGGAUGCGGGGCAGUGAUGGCCCCUGCUCGGGACAGCCGGAGCAAAGGGGGCCGCUCCUGCCGGGGCUGCUGGUGGCGGGGGCGCGAGCUGCCGCGCCCCGUCCCUUCCAGUGCUAGUUUCGGCGGCCCCUGCUGCUGUUGCGCUGCGCGUCGGCGCCGAGUCCGGCAGCCCCUGCGGACGUGCCGCCCGACGCGCGCAACCUCACCAUCGUGGGCGCCAACCUGACUGUAAGCCGCGCGGAAUGUCUUCGCCGGCGGGACGCUGACGGGGAGGAUGAUGAGGCUGGCGGCGUGCGCCUGCCGCUCAGCGCGCUCCGCCUCACGCACAACAACAUCGAGGUGGUGGAGGACGGCGCCUUCGACGGGCUGCCCAGCCUGACGGCGCUCGACCUGAGCAACAACCGCGCGCUGGGCGGCGGCGCCUUCCGCGGACUGCCCGCGCUGCGUUCCCUGCAGCUCAACCACGCGCUGGCGCGGGGCGGCCCCACGCUGCUGGCCGCUCUGGACACCGCGCUCGCCCCGCUGGACGAGCUGCGCCUGGUGGGCCUGGCGGGCAACGCGCUGAGCCGCCUGCCGCCCGCAGCUCUGAGCCGGCCGCGCCUGGAGCAGCUGGACGCGCGCCUCAACGCGUUGACCGGCCUGGGCCCCGACGAGCUGCUCGCGCUCGAGCGCGAUGGCGGCCUCCCCGCGCCGCGCCUGCUGCUCGCCGACAACCCACUGAGCUGCGGCUGUGCCGCGCGCCCCCUGCUGGCCUGGCUGCGCAACUCCACUGAGCGCGUACCCGACGCGCGGCGCCUGCGCUGCGCCGCCCCGCGGGCGCUGCAGGACCGGCCUUUCCUGGACCUGGACGAGGCUCGGCUGCGCUGUGCCGACGGCGACGCAUACGGUCGCGGGGAAGAAGUGGAACUCGCCGGCCCGGAGCUGGAAGCCUCCUACGUCUUCUUCGGGCUGGUGCUGGCGCUCAUCGGCCUCAUCUUCCUCAUGGUGCUCUACCUAAACCGCCGCGGCAUCCAGCGCUGGAUGCGCAACUUGCGCGAGGCCUGCCGGGACCAGAUGGAGGGCUACCACUACCGCUACGAGCAGGACGCCGACCCUCGCCGCGCGCCCACUCCGGCUGUCCCCGCAGGCUCCCGUGCCACUUCCCCGGGCUCGGGCCUCUGA